UCAUUGAUUGUCUUCAUCAUGACCAUCAUCUCUCUGCUCCUGCUGGUCUCUCUGCUGCCACACAUGACCUUCACUGAUCAUGUGAAUGUGGGUAUAGUGAACGGCACAGAAGCAAAACCCCACUCCAGACCUUACAUGGUUUCUGUUCAGUUGAAUAAGAAACACAUCUGUGGUGGAUUCCUCAUUUCUGAUGAGUUUGUGUUGACUGCUGGUCAUUGCAGGGAAGGGACUCAGAUUCUGACGGUUGUGAUUGGUGCUCAUGACUUAAGGAACAGUAAGAAUUCAGAUCGUAUCGGAGUGAAUUCCUACAUAAAACAUCCAAGUUAUAUAACUGAUCCUCCUCAGAAUGGCAUCAUGCUUUUGAGGUUACAGGAAAAAGUCAACGUAAAUAACUAUGUUAACUGGAUACCGUUACCAAAAGAUGGGGGAGAUGUCGAAGCAGAUACUAUCUGUAGUGUUGCAGGCUGGGGACAACUGGAGACUAACGGCCAAAACAGCAAUCGUCUAAUGGAGGCAAGCGUGUAUAUACUGAAUAACACACAAUGUGAAAAAAAAUGGGGAACAAUCUACUCCAUCUCAAUGAUGAUGUGCACACGUGGCCAUGGUGGAUCCUGCCGUUAUGACUCAGGAGGUCCUUUGGUUUGUGGAGACAUUGCAGUUGGCAUCACAGAAUUUGGAUCUAAUCUUCAGUGCAAUUCACCUCAGCUUCCAAAUGUGUAUACUAAGAUUUCAGCAUAUAUUCAAUGGAUCAACAGCAUAAUUAAAAAUGUAAAGUGAGAUAAGUUCUUGAA